UUACUUUUGAUCGAGUUUUACCACCAAAAAAAAAAAAAUCCCCCAGUCUACUAUUAUUAUUGAGGCAACAAGAAACAAGAAAACCUGUUUUUUGCACCGCCCCAUGCGAAAAACUCAAGCGUGUGGCUCGUCGAUACGGCAAAACAGACGGAACAAUACGGCGCUGGUGACGUGACGUGACGAUACAGCAGGACCACCCCCGGGCCCGGCGCCCGGUACAGCGGUAUAUUAUUAUUACUGCUCUUCUUCCUCGUUCCAGCCUUUUUUCUGCUUCCUCUUCUUCUUAUAUACGUUAUCUCUUCCCUUCUCCCGUUUCUCAAUCUCCCUUCUCCCUUCUCCCUUCUCCCUUCUAUCCUCAUCCUCUUCUAUCCUCAUUCAUUGACUCCCAAGUCGGUGCUGUAUCCAUCCCAUCACCAUCACCAUCACCAUCACUCACUCGCUUUUCUACUCUCGAAGCUAGUCGAUUUGCUCUUCGUUCGCCACUUUGAUAUUUUUUUCAUCCCACACACAACAAAAGAUCACUCACACAUCAACAGUCAUGGCGUACCCUUUCCCUUCGACACAUCUCUCCAAUACGGAGAAUCUCAUGAAGUAUAUGAGUCUUGACCAGCGGGGUCAUGUUAUGGCAGAGUAUGUCUGGAUUGAUGCCUCGAGUGGUGUCCGAUCGAAAACGAAGACACUCAAGGGACCCGUCAAGUCAGUCGAGGAGCUUCCAGAAUGGAACUUCGACGGCUCAUCAACAGGCCAAGCCCCUGGCGAGAACUCGGACGUCUACCUUCGCCCCAUCGCCAUGUUCCCAGACCCCUUCCGCCGUGGUGACAACAUCCUCGUCCUCUGCGAAACCUGGGACUCAGAUGGAUCGCCCAACAAGUUCAACUACCGCCAUGAGGCUGCCAGGCUCAUGCGCGCACACGAAGACGAACACUUUUGGUUCGGUCUAGAACAGGAGUACACCCUCCUCGGCGCUGAUGGAUGGCCAUAUGGCUGGCCCAAGGGUGGCUUCCCAGGUGCUCAGGGCCCGUACUACUGCGGUGUCGGAACUGGCAAGGUCCACUGCCGUGAUAUCGUCGAGGCCCACUACAAGGCUUGUUUGUAUGCUGGCAUCAACAUCUCUGGCAUCAACGCUGAGGUUAUGCCUGCUCAGUGGGAGUACCAAGUUGGACCCUGUGAGGGCAUUAGCCUCGGUGACCAGCUCUGGAUGUCUCGAUUCCUCCUUGCCCGCGUCGCUGAAGAAUUCGGCGCCAUAAUAUCCUUCGCCCCCAAGCCAAUCCCCGGCGAAUGGAACGGUGCUGGCCUCCACACCAAUGUCUCGACCGAGGCCAUGCGUUCCGAGGGUGGCAUGAAGGUCAUCGAGGCUGCCAUGAAGAAACUCGAAGCCCGCCACUCAGAACACAUUGCCGUCUACGGCGAGGGUAACGAGGACCGUCUCACCGGCCGCCUCGAGACCGGCAGCAUCGACACCUUCAGCUAUGGUGUCGCUGACCGCGGCGGAAGCGUCCGUAUCCCCCGCCAGGUCGCGAAGGAUGGCAAGGGCUACUUCGAGGACCGAAGACCGGCUUCCAACGCUGACCCGUAUCAAAUUACGGGUAUUAUUGUUGAGACUCUUUGCGGCGCUUCAUAGUUGGGAACAGUCUGAGGAUGCCGGAAGAAGUGAAAUCGAUGAAUUUACUUUGUUGUUUUCCCGCAAUAUUUUAUUUAUACCCUUCGGGCGACGAACCGUCUGAGUGGGUGGUGUGGUGGUGUGUGUGGAUGUCGAUGAAACAGGAAAAAAAAAUUAACUGGGACUUGGAGAGGAUGCAAGAUAGACAAGAGAGAGAGAGAGAGAGCUUCCCAGUCGUUUUUCCCACAAUCGCGUCAGGGGAAAACUAUUUUUUUUUUUGUAUAUGAUUUGAAGCCGUCAGUGUCGUCUUAAGUCAUCCUUGUCCGCACGCGCCACCCACCAGCCCAGCAACCCAAGCAACCCGUCCCGUCCACACCUUGCACCGCACACCAAAGUUUCGCAUCGUAAUCGCCUUCUUUUCGUUCUAUGUUAAUUUUGGUUUUUUUUUUUUUUUUUUUUUUUUUUUUCCGUCAUUAAUAUAUGUAAUGAGGCAUGGUCUUGUUUGUUCCGUGUUUUGGGGUUUUCAUUCCUACCCUCUUUUUGGUUCUCGUUUGGGUUCAUUUGUCUUCUUUUCUUUUCAUCCCACUAUAUCAAUACGUAACUAGAAGUCAGUGGGCCCGGUGUUGGUCGUUUUUUUUCUUUCUUUUGCCCUUUUCCAAACUGUUGGAUAAUGUCACAGAUUCUAUUUAAUAGGUUGCUGUUGUCUCCGGCGCCGUUUCUCUGGUUUUCAGUUUUAGAAUGUCCUGUUCUCUUUUUUCUCUUUUUUCCCUCCCCCUUCCUUUUGCUUUCCGCCGAUGUUGAUGGCAGACUUUGUUCCCUCUUUUCACUGUUUAUAAUGGAUGUUAUUAAGAAUGGGAUAUGAUGGGGCUCGGGCCUUCCUAUCUUUUUCUUUUCUUCUUUUUCUUUUUAAUUAAAUUGUUCUACGGGGAUAGAUAAUGGUGUCAAAUAUGUUUUGCGUUGGCCCAUGACGGAUAAAAAAAAAAAAAUACUGGGAGAAAGGAGGCACGAAUUGAAAAUUAGAUACAGAAUGGGACCUUUCGUUUUGGUGGACUGUUAAACCUCGUUCUCUCGGUCUUUGUGGUGUGUGUGUAUUCUCUUCGGUUGGGUCCGCUUUGUUUUUAAAUAGGUGUGAAUGUAAAUGUCUAUAUUUUGUACAUGUAUACAAGACGCAUAGAGGAUGAUGGAGAGAAGUAUGUACUGUAUAGAGAGGUGUGUGUGUAAAUCAAGAGUUCUUGUAGGCAUUAUUAGUACAGUAGGAGUUCUGUUGUCUAUCUAUCUAUUAUCCAAUCCUCCCCUCCCCUCCCCUCCCCUCCUCGCUUGCACCGUCACAGCUGUCUCAGCUCAGAAACUUGCGGGGACCGACAGAUAGAACAUCGCCAUUGAAUCCAAUCCAAUCCACUUCCACCGAAGCCAUAUUCCCCCGCAAAAUGAGUCAGGAUUUAACUAACCAAACCAAACCAAACCAACUUAGUUAACUAGUUAUUAGUCAUUUAUUAAGAGCCGGAGUGACGAAUGACUGACUGCCUGGUUAACCUAGUUACCCUACCCAGACAGACCAACUCACUCACUCACUACCUUAGCUUAGACAGGCCAAUCCCGCUUCCGUCAUCCAAAAUCAGCACAAGCAAUCAAAACAUCCCCCUCCCGCCUCCGCGUCUCUCGUGUCCAUCCCACGUAUGGUACGUAUGUAUGUAUGUAUGGAUGGAUGGAUGGAUGGAUGUAUAGCGGUGUUUUCUUGCCCCGCACCAUCUCCGCUCGCGCAUCAUCCCACAUCGUCCAAGCAGCGGUCCAGCGCCCGUCGGCGGGUUUAUGUGCCUAGGCAAAGGAAGAUAGAUGUUCUAUAUCCAUCCGGGAUUUCGGCAUGAGGUUGAAAGAGGGGAGAGAGGGGAGAGAGGGGAGGGAAAGCGGGCUGCUGCUAGCACAAGAGAGCAGAGCAGAGCAGGUUUUGGCUCUGUGAUUGAGACGAUUUAUUCUCGCCCUCGGUAAAAGAAAGAAGGGGACACGGAACAUCCGCCCCUCGUUUUUUUUUUUUUUUUUUUU